AUGUAUUGCUUUGUGGUAACGACGUCUGGAAGUGAUGUACCUGUCGUGGCUGUGGCCGUGCUUGAUGUUGGUGGACCUUAUGUGUGGCAGGCAUUCACAGAGUUGUUAAUCGAUGAUACAGACACAAUUGAUUUUGCAGUAAAUGCUCCGCAGUUUCACUAUUACGAUGAUAUUUCUAAAGCGAAUGUUACUUUGGAUAUUUGGUUUGAUAAUAGUGUUAGUAAACAAAUAUUUGAAGUCAAUAUCACAUUAAUAGUCACGCCUUUCGUCCAUUUCCUGGAUUUUGAAUCAUGGGUAGGACUCCCUGACAGACCAAUAGAAGUACAAGAUAAGUCAAGGUGGAAAUUACUGAUUAACAAACUCACAACACUUUCCAACAUUUCUAUAACAAUAUCAACUGCGAUUGACAAUGGCGUACUAAAUCCAGACGUAGAUGGCGUGUAUAUGAUUGGAACUGUGGAACUGCAUUACAGACUACUCAAUAGUACAUGCGAUAUACCAACGAUCUCGAAUAUGAAAGCCAUUCAAAUGAAUUACAACAUUUUGUCAGCUGAGUAUGUGGAAGAUAAUCUAGAAUCAGUGGGAUGCAAUGACUCAACGUUAUCGAUAUCAGAAAUGAAAUACAUAUGUGUCAGCAGAAAAUCCAGGCGUUAUUGCCUAUUGAAUAAAGAAGACGAUUCUGUGUACUGGUCAGUGAUAAGCAGACAACCUCUUUAUAUUACCUCAAUAUUUGCUGGAGCAUUAUUAGGCAGUGGAUGCGAUCGCGAAAUAAAUGUGAUAAGCGAAGACAGAGGGCGCACGUGGCAUGCUGUACCUGAUCUAAUUUCCUAUGUAAACCACACAACUGACAAUCAAGUAUCUGUUGUUGAGGUUGUAUCAUGAUCCGAUGCCUGGAGAACAGUUGUCUGUCAACCAUCACACUUAAACAACCAACUUGGUGUCUACGUUACUUUCGAAAUUUUUGAGAGCAGCGGAUGCGUUUGUGUGACUACAACAUACCCAGGACACAGUUCUAAAUUUAAGC